ACAUUUACUUUGGGUCUUUACUUCCUUGACUCCUCACAUCCGACCAAAAAAGUCUGAAGAAAAAAUGGCUUAUUCAGCCUCAUCCAUCUUCUACUGUCCAAAUCCAAAUCCCAUCUCUCCCAAAAACGGUGUCGUCUCAUCUUCAAACAAGCUAUUUGGCACCAAAAAUAGCUUCUUUCUGGGCUCCAAAUUGGUAUCCAAAACGACGAGAAUCACAACCCGACCCGAACCCGUUACCUUGUCCGGGUCGUACCCGAUAUCCGCGGAGUCUCGCUCUUUCGAUGUGGUGAUAGUCGGAGCUGGGAUAAUCGGGUUGACUAUAGCCCGACAGUUUUUAAUCGGGUCUAAUCUUUCUGUCGCGGUGGUCGACAAGGCUGUCCCUUGUUCCGGUGCUACUGGCGCAGGACAGGGUUAUAUAUGGAUGGUACACAAAACACCUGGAAGUGAUACGUGGGAGCUUGCAAUGAGAAGCCGCAAAUUAUGGGAGAUGUUGGCGGAAAGUAUAUGUGAUCAAGGCUUGAAUCCUCUAGAAGUUUUGGGUUGGAAGAAGACAGGAAGCUUGUUGGUUGGUAGGACUCCUGAGGAGCUGGACAUGUUAAGAAGGAGGGUGAAGCAGCUAUCUGAAGCUGGGCUACAAGCGGAGUGCUUGUGUAGCAGUGAUUUACUUUUAGAGGAGCCUGAACUUAUGGUUGGGGAAGAUAGUGGUGCUGCCUUUCUACCUGAUGACUGCCAGUUGGAUGCUCAUUGUACCGUUGCAUUCAUUGAAAGGGCUAACAGACAUUUUGCAUCAGAAGGCAGAUAUGCAGAGUUCUAUAAUGACCCAGUGACAUGUCUAUUAAGAUCUGGAAGCAGUUGGGAGGUUGAAGGUGUUCAGACCACCAAAAGUACCUUGUAUGGUAAGGCAAUUGUAGUUGCAGCUGGCAGUUGGAGUGGAUCUUUGAUGCAUGACCUGCUUAGAGACUCAAAUAUUCAGUUGGAUGUCCCUAUAAAGCCUCGAAAGGGUCAGCUCCUUGUGCUUGAGAAUUUCAAGUCCCUUCAACUGAAUCAUGGUCUAAUGGAAGUGGGCUAUGUUGAUCAUCAAACUGGAACUCUGUUUCCCACCAUUUCUGCCUCAGAACCAUAUGAUGAUAGGCAAGCUUUGUCUGUUUCAAUGACAGCCACUUUGGAUGCUAUGGGAAACCUUCUUCUUGGAAGCAGCCGCCAAUUUGUAGGGUUCAGCUCUGAAGUGGAUGAGUCAAUCACUAAUCGUAUAUGGAAGCGGGCUGGGGAGUUUUUUCCAAAAUUACAAGAUUUUCCCCUUUCAUGUUUCAGUAAGAGCAGAAAAGUGAGAAUAGGGUUAAGACCUUACAUGCUUGAUGGGAAGCCAGUGAUUGGCUCGGUGCCUGGCUUGUCAAAUGUGUUCCUUGCAACUGGGCAUGAAGGAGGAGGACUUUCAAUGGCUCUAGGGACUGCUGAAAUGGUUGCUGAUAUGGUGUUGGGAAAUCCUGGGACAAUUGAUCAUGCACCCUUUGUCGUUCAAGGCCGAUGUUGUUAAGAAAAUGUGUCAAUCAGGAUAAACAUUGGAAAAUUUGUACAUCAGCAUACCGGUUCAUUUAAUGGAUAAAACAGCUUGUUUUUC